ACGGAAGUGAAGCUGUCAGUGCGAGACAGGAAAUGAAAGCAGGAAUCUUUUAACGGUGAAAGGAGCACAGACAGAUUGCAGUAUUCUUCCUAAUUCUUCUUUAAACAACAAAACAUAACGUCAAAAUGUCGAAAAAUACUGAUUCGAACCAAUUCAGGAAGGUGGACGUUGACGAGUACGACGAGAACAAAUUUGUCGAUGAUGAUGAUAAUGGAGAGAGUCAGGUCGGCCCAGAUGAAGCAGAAGUGGAUUCGCUGAUCAGACAAGGCAACCUGAUGGAAGCUCUGCAGGCUGUGCUGAAGAAUCCCCCAAUCAACACCAAAAACCAAAAUGUUAAGGAUCGUGCUGAAGCUCUGGUGCUUAAAGUGUUGAGCGCCUUCAAGAGUAGUGAUAUUGAGAAGGCUGUUCAGUCUCUGGAUAAGAAUGGAGUUGACCUGCUCAUGAAGUACAUCUAUAAGGGCUUUGAGAAUCCCUCCGAAAACAGCAGUGCUACCCUGCUGCUGUGGCACGAAAAGGCUCUCUCUGCUGGAGGAGUGGGCUCCAUCGUGAGAGUGCUGACAGCCAGGAAAACCGUGUAGAGCUGCACUGGACCUGACUGACUGCCACUGGGACCACUCACUCAGGGGAUGUGCUGGCACUAAAACCCCCAGGUCAUGUACUCAUAAAGCGUCUCAGAGUAGGAGUGCUUAUCUAGGAUCAGUUUAGCCUUUUAGAUCGUAAUGAAGAAGAGUACAUGGACACUCUGAGACGCUUUAUGAAUAUGGGCCCAUAACUGGUUUCCUCUCUACGCUCGCAGACAUCAGACAGCCUGUCUCAAAUGGCCCCUUCAUAGUCCUAAAAUGCUUAAUGAUAUUCGAUCGGAAUCCAACGUUUGUCAAAUGUUUUGUUUUGUUGUUGUCAAAGAAGAUGAGAAAUACUAAUAUCGUAAGAUUUACAUCAUCGUAAUGUCAUAAGGAUGACAUGUAAUAAUAUGUCAUUUUCCAAGAUAAAUAUUGUGCUAUCAUCAUGGUGAGUAGAUGGCACCAUAAAGUAAGCUUUCAUUCCCUCUAAUGCAGAGACCAGUUUGUGCGUUAUUAUGCUGGAAUAAGUUAACCUGUUCCCAGAUCUGUUUGUCGUCUAUAGCCAACUCCAAUGGGCAUUAAUAUACAGCACUAACAGAUCUAGGACCAAGCUAGGAACAAGUCCUUUGGAAUGGAGUAAUGGCGUGAUGUUAUCACAUGUUCCUGGACACGUCUCAAAGGGCAUCCUCUUUUCUAUAACCUAUUUAUAAGUAUAGAAACAUAUCAGAAUGUCUUGACAAAUCCAUCGAUAGAGUUAUUACUUUAGAACAAGUGUAAACAUUCUGAAUCAAAUGACCAAAUGCCUUAUUGAAAUAUUCUUUUUUUUAUAUGCUAUAUAGGACAUUUCUAGAUAUAAUAAACAAACAUCCUACUGUU